UCUCUCUGUUGAACUCCUCUUUUUCCUCACAUGUCACCACUCUCUCACUCUUCUCUGAUAUGCUUUUUCUUUUUGUUUUUUGCAUUAUUUUUAAUCUCUCUAGGUUCUACUACUACUCUUUAACAAGCAAGGAAUGCUUCACCAUUACCGUACUCACAACCAUCAAGUGCAAAUUGCAAAACACUAGAAAGAACCCUGUCUUCUCUUUCUUUCUCGAGCCCCUACCUUCUUUACUAUCUCUCUCUCUACUUGUGUGUUGUAGUCCUGUAGUAAUAUUUUUUAAACUAUACUUACUUAUUUAGUAACCCUAUAUAUCUAUUAGUAUUUCCAUUAAGGCAUUAACAUUAAGUUAAUAUCUCUAACUUGUUGUAGCUGGCUACUUAGGUAGUGAGACUGAGGGAAUGGAAAUCUUUGUGGGGUUGUUUUAUUUCUAAAGAAAGCUUCUUCUUCUUCAGCAUUAUCUGCUGCAUUUUUUUUUAGGUCUCAAAAAGAGGAAUGGUUUUUACUCCAGAACUUAGGAAAAAGGCUAUUUUUUGAAAACUUGUUUGUUUCUUUUUAAACCCAGUUGAAAGUUUGGUUCUCUCUACCUGGGAAAGCUCCCUCCUUUUUUGUCAGAGAAAAGAGCAAGAGCCUUUCUUACUCCAUCUUCAAAAAGCAUCCAACCCUUGUUAAGAUAAAGGAGCACUCACUACACUACAUUAUACAUUAGUGUUUGUGCGUGUGUGUGUGUGUGUGAGAGAGAGAGAUGGGAUGUGUUGCCUCCAAACUAGAGGAAGAAGAGGAAGUGGUGGCUAUUUGUAGAGAGAGAAAGCGGCUGUUAAAGCAAGCUGUGGAGAAAAGAUAUGCACUUGCUGAGGCUCAUUGUAAGUAUUUCCACUCUCUCAAUGCAGUAGCAGCGGCCAUUAAGCUCUUUGUUGCACGCCACUCUUCACCUUCAUCACCUUUCCUCAUAACUUUCCCUCCUCCUUGCCCUUCUUCUCCUUCUCCUUCUCCUUCUCAUCCCACUGAGAAUGUCAUAACCAACCCCAUGUUCCUCCAGCAGACACCCUCAGAAACCAAGCAUGAAGCCAUUGCUUGUGACUCAUGCAUCUCUUCAACAACCUCAGAGUCUUCUGAGGAAGAGAGUGAAGAAAAAAGGGAAGGAGAGGGUGAAGAAGGUAACGGAGAGGAAGAGCAACAUCAACAUCAACAACCCUGUGGGUACUAUUGCAUGCCUAUGACUAUGCCUAUGUCCAUGUCUAUGUCUAUGCCUAUGCCUAUGUCCAUGUCUAUGCCUAUUCCACCUUCAAUGCCAUCCCCUCAGAGAGAUUUUGGAUGGGACUUUUUCUACCCUUUUGACAGUAUGAGGAGUGAGGUUAUGAGUGGCUACCACAGGAACUCGGAUGAUGAUUUGAGGGCAGUGAGAGAGGAGGAGGGGAUUCCUGAGUUAGAGGAAGAAGUGGAGAGAGAAGAGAUUCAGCACAAAGUGGUGAGUGUUGAAGAGAAUAAUAAUAAUAAUAGUAAUAAUGAAGGUGCUGUUGAGCAUGUGCUGAGUGGUGUUGAAACAGUGAAGGUGGUAGAUGUGGCCACUGAAAACCAAGGGGAGCAAAGGGGGCUUGCAGUUCUUGAUACACCAGCAGAGGGGAGAGAGUUGCUUGAAGCUUUGAAAGACAUUGAGGACCAUUUUCUCAGGGCUUAUGAUUCUGGUAAGGAGGUAACCAGAAUGCUGGAAGCCAAUAGAAUCCCCCUUCAUUCUAGUUUGGAUGAAAUAAAAGAAAGUUCAACUAAACUCAUUCAUGCAAUAACAUGGAAGUCCAUUUCAUCUAGGCAACCAUCAUGCAAGAGUCUUACGGUUCCAAAUGUGAAAAAUUCUUCAACUUGGGUGGAAUAUAAGAAUGAUCUGUUUGAUGAUUAUGGAGGAAUGGAUUCGGGAAGUCAUUUAUUAACCUUAGGAAGGUUAUAUGCAUGGGAAAAGAAACUGUUUGAGGAGGUUAAGGCUGGAGAUAACACACGGAAAAAUUACGAAAAAAAAUGCACGCAGUUGAGAAAUAAGAAUGUUAGAGGAGAUGAUGUACUAAGCACAGACAAAACUAAAGCUGAAGUGAAAGAUCUGUAUGCUGGGAUCUUGGUUGCAAUUCGACGUGCAGAGUCAAUCUCAAAGAGAAUUGAGAAAAUGAGAGAUGAAGAAUUACAACCUCAAAUUGUUGAACUGUUAAAAGGCCUGACUCAGUCAUGGAAAAUCAUGUUGGAGUCCCAUGAAACCCAGAAGAAGAUUCUAUCUGAAGUCAAGUACUUCACAUGCGCCACAUAUGGUAAAUUCUGCAACCAAUCUCAUGGAUUUGCAACUCUUCAGCUUGAAGCUCAGCUUCAUAAUUGGCGCGACUGCUUUAAAGAGUACACUGCAUCGCAAAAAGCAUAUGUUGAAGCUCUCCAUGGAUGGCUCAGUAAGUUCAUAGUCCCUGAAGUUGAAUUUUACUCAAGAAGCAAAAAUGUCACAAUGCCAUACCAAUUCAAUGGGCCACCGCUGCUUGUGAUAUGCAACGACUGGUUGGCUUCACUGCAAAAGCUACCCGAUAAAAUGGUAACAGUUGCAUUGAAAAGUGUUGUGAAGGAUGUUAGAGCUUUGUGGCUUCAGCAAAACAAAGAGCAACAGCAGAAAAGGAGGGUAGAUAGGUUAACAAGAGAUCUGGAGAGAAGGUAUUCUUCAACGUCACAUAAAGUGGUGGAGACUAAGAUGCUCGAGUUUCACGUCGUGGACCACGAAUUAGAGGUGGGAAAUGAUCAAGAGGAGGAGGAGUGCAUGAUGGAGAAGAGUGAUCAUUUGGAGACACUGAGAAGAAAACUGGAGGUGGAGAAGGAGAAGCACCACAGUAGCAUGCAAGAAACACAGAGGAUCACCUUACAUGGAUUGCAGUCUGGGUUUUCUCUAGUGUUUGAAUCAUUGACAGAGUUCUCCAAAGCAUCACAGAAAAUGUACAAUGGCCUUGUAACUUAUAGUGAAAAUAGUGACAAGGUUGGGAACAUUACGUAUAUAGAGGGUGGCUGCAAUGUUGAAAAUUGCAACAGCCAAAACGGACAAUAGUGUUAGUGAGAGAGGGUUUGGGGGUGAUUUAUGUAAGUAAUUAUGUUAUUAUUAUGUAUUGUGUUGUGUUGUGUGACAUGCAUCAAUUUUUAAGAUGUUAGGUGACGGAGUGCACUAAUGUAUUAGUAUACCUACUGUUGCUGACUGUCCACUAUGUUGAUUGUCAAUUCUGAAUAUUUUCUAAA